AAUAUUCUUACCAUUAUUAGUACGCAGUGUCAAGGAUUUUUGGAGAAAAAGACACAAAUUACAGGUUCAUUACCAUGGAUAGCUUUUUCAAUGUGUUUGGAAAUGAAGUGAAGCACAGCUACAGUGUGGCUAAAGCUCGUAUUGACAAAAGAUUGGACUUUCUCAGGAAAGUUUACGGAAUUCUGUCAGUCCAGCUUCUCUUCACGUUCAUCACCGCAGCAGUCUUCAAAUGGAGCACUGCCAUUACAUACAUAGUGCAAACCAAUCACUGGUUGGUGUUUGGGGGAUUAAUCAGCAGUCUGGCACUAGCUGUUGCCCUCCAGGCCUACAAGAAUGAAACCCCAACAAAUUACAUGCUUCUGGCAGCAUUCACAGGAGUUGAAGCCUGUAUGGUCGGAACUGUUGUGACCUUUUAUCAGGUGGCAAGUGUAAUAGAUGCCUUCCUUCUGACAAUGCUGGUAACCGUCUGCCUUACAGCAUACACAUUCCAAAGCAAGAUGGACUUUGACAGAUUUGGUGCCGGGAUGUUCUCUCUUUUUGGUAUUCUGAUGUCAGCACUGUUUAUGCAGCUUUUCUUUCCCACUGCGGCCAUGGAUCGCCUGAUUUCUGUGGGUCUUGCCGUUUUAUAUUGCAUGUACAUCAUCUACGACACCGGUCUGAUCAUGGAGCGACUCACCCCAGAUGAAUACAUCAUCGCCCCAGCAAUUCUCUACCUGGAUAUGGUAGCUCUCUUCAUGCGCCUCUUGAAACUGCGUGGAGAACGUGAAAGGCGUGAUUAAAAUGUCAUUGAUGAACCUUUGAAAAAUAUAAUAUUUUUGAAAAAACCUACGUAUCUUUCUUUGUUUUUGUUUUUUCCAUUGGAAUAGCAUCGGUGAUGUUAAUUUAAGAUUUUUCAUAAUAGCUUUGUUAUUUGUGUAGUUAUGUUAUUUUUUCUUUGUAUUGUGAGUUACCAUAUUGAUAGACAGUUUCUUUAAUUUGCAUUAUUAUUGAACUUUUGACUUUGUAGAAGAAAUUCAUAAAAGGGUAAUGUAAGGAUGAUUAGGUAUGAUUAAAUGAAAUUUGGUUCCAUUUCAUUUGGUCUACUUUUUGUAUUCAGUUUUAAAUUGACUUUACCUAAAAAGUCUUGGGGGGAUGGGGAUCAAUGACCAUGUAGCAAUAUUCUACAUGUAAAUGUACAUUGGCAGUGGAAAUCUUGGCAACCUUAUUUUUCCUCUGUUUGAUUAACUAGUAUAUCUAUUAUUUAUGAAAGGUAGUUAACAUGUUUAAAACAAAGCAUGUAUUCAAAUUUUUUAAAAAAGAUUACAUAGUAAAACACUAAGUUAUCAUCAUUUUUUUGUACUUUGAAAUUUCAAGAACUAGAAAACAAAAAAAGGUUUACCAAGUGGUUAUAUACCAACCUGUGUUGUGGAUGUUGUUGCUUUCUGCUCUUCAUUAUGUAUAGAAAAACCAACAUGCAUAAUUUUCACCUUAUUAUUUGGACAACUAUACGAAACAUUGGUUUAAAAAUUGAUCUUUUUUAAUUGAAGCUUUAGAAUUAGACAGUUUACUUGAUUCUUGUUUUCUGUUCAUACUUGGACUAUAUUCAGUUUUAUUUGGUAAGAAAUCAAAUGUUGAUAGAAAUUUUAUAUCUUUAUAAUUGGAUAAAUGAAUCCCAAAAUAUAUUAACCAUUUGCAAAUUUUCUUGAAGGGUUGAAUGUUACCAGUAUUGUCUUGAAUUUUUUUUCAUUGCAAAUUGCUACAGUUUGUGGUCACAUUCAUUGCAAAUAAAGUAAUUGCAUUAAAUUA